AUGACCGAACAACCUGAGGAACGUGUACGUGGGCGAAGUCUACUCGUCAGCCAACUAUCUCAACAGAAGCGUGGGUCCUACUCGGAUGACGACUUGUUCGAUGAAGAGUUGGACAAAGACUCGGAACAACCGGAACCGGAGCGCCCAGUAGUUCCGACCAAGUUGCCGCGCAUUACCCCUUCUGUUUCGCUGUCUGUUGCCCCGUCUACCAACACGUUAAGCUCGACUAGUGGAAUAUCAGUGGAUUCAAACCCGGUACUGAAAUCCUUAGUCCUGGCCCCAACUCCUUCUGUGUGUGCGACCACGAGCCUCACGAGACGGAUUGGAAGCGCACCUUUGAAGAUCCUCCCUCGUGGGCAACCAGAUUUAGCGUGGAGGGCUGGCCGCUUGGAAAGUAUUCUGCUGAACGAUCGUCCUACAUCCACACAACUUCCGUUAGGACUGUGUCUUCCAAAACGAGGCCGCCCACGAGGACGGCCGCCAAAGCCACAGACAGAAUCCACUCACGAAACACCGCUCAAGCAACAAGUAGCUGAAACGGAUGUGGAUAAAGCACAACGCCCUUGCCCAAUUGUCCCGAAAAAACCGAGACGCCCGGAAAACCAACAGAAGAAUCCUCCGCUCCUUUUGCCAUUGCGCGAGAGCCAUCCGCUAACGAAUAUGGCAUUACCUCCGCUGGACAUUGCAGCUCAGUUCGACGUAUUUGCCGCCGUGGAUAAUGAGAAGAAACCUUCAGGCGCGGACGAUGGUUCCCAAACCCCGACCGCCAACAGUGGACUACCUACCUCAGCUUCCUCCAGUUCACUUUCCGCAAUGCCCGGCCGGAUGAAAACCAGUUCUACCGGAGAGGAUGUUGACAUUCAGGCGCUUCGCAAUUAUCGUCGCCUUAAUGGCUACAGCCUAUUUGUAUUUAUGAACAGACGCAAGUACGAGAGCAACGUUGGGACCGAUGAAGUGACGGAUUUGGGAGACAGUCAAAAAGAUAAUUGCAAAUGGCAGGCGAUCUGGUCAACAUUAUCCGAAAAGGAACGUCGGGAGUGGAAGGCAAAAGCUCGCAAGAUAAUGCGACAAAACCAACAGCCAAUGAAACGCGAAGAACAGGAUGGCAAAGAUCGUCGGUGGAAUGAGCGACGCAAACUGGAGAGACAGUUGGCCCGGAAUGAUGUGGCUUUUGCAACUAACAAUCUGUUAGAUCUUGCAGCCCACUUCCAGUUAUUGAGCGAUGCUUUUGCUGGAUGUGCGAGUCAGUUGGAGGAGUUUGAGGGUCCAGUUAAUCCGCAGGGUGUUGAGUCGUUACUCUUGGAUGGUCUGUUGGCCUGUCUCAUACCUCUAUUGGCUCUCGCUUCUGAAGAAGAAGUUCUUUCGUCUGUGCUGGACAAGGAACACGUCAGUCUUGCGCUGAAACAUUUAACCUACAUUUUGCCAGUUUGAUUUUUAAUCGUGCAUAAUUCACCGUCCAGAUGUAUUGUACAGUUUCACAUAUAUCGUUUUAC